CGGCAGGAAGUCUCGCGAGAGGCGGCGCCGGCUGUCCUUGGGCGCGGGGACCAUGGCGGCCACGUUGCUGCGGCAGUUCACGGACGUCCCCGAUGGCACCGACUGUCACCGCAAGGCCUACGCCAGCACCGGCCUGGGCGGCGCCGCGGGCCUGGCCAUCUCCGCCUACAGCCUCGCACUCAAUCCCGCGGGCACCGUCCUCGAGGGAGUGGCACGGGCCGGACGUCACACGUUCACCGCAGCUGCCAUCGGAGCCAUAUUCGGCCUGGCGUCGUGCGUCAGCACCCAGGUCCGCGAGAAGCCGGACGACCCCCUGAACUACUUCAUCGGGGGCUGUGCCGGGGGCCUGGUCCUGGGAGCACGCACUCACAGCUAUGGGAUCGGAGCCACCAGCUGCGUGUACCUAGGCACCAUGGCCGCCCUGGUCAAGAUGGGCCAGCUGGAAGGCUGGCAGCUCUUUCCAAGCCCCAAGGUGUGACCACCGCCGACUGCGAGCCCUGGGACAGGCGGGCACAUGUGCGGCUGGAAAUAAACCCUGUGUGUACGCGUG